CCACCGUCCGUCAGCGUUCAGCAUAUUUUGUCCUCCGGCCGCUGCCGUUUCGGAUUACUCACCGAUCCGAGUUGCGAGGGAGAGGUGUCUGUUUCGGGGAAGCCGGCUUCUGUUGCCGGCGCCAUGGAGUCGCCUUUUAGUCCGGUUCUUCCUCAUGGACCAGGUGAAGACUGGGAGUCCACGUUGUUUGCUGAGCUUGGCUAUUUCACAGACACGGAUGAUGUCCAGUUCGAUGCAGCACAUGAGACUUACGAAAAUAAUUUUGAUCAUCUUAAUUUUGAUUUGGAUUUGAUGCCUUGGGAGUCAGACAUAUGGAGCCCCAGCAGCCACUUCUGCUCAGACAUUAAGGCAGAGCCCCAGCCUCUUUCUCCGGCUUCCUCCAGCUGUUCCGUCUCUUCUCCUCGGUCCACAGACUCCUGUUCUUCAACUCAGCACGUUCCUGAGGAGUUGGACUUGUUGUCUAGUUCUCAGUCUCCCCUUUCCUUGUAUGGCGACAGCUGUCACAGCCCCUCCUCAGCAGAGCCACUGAAGGAAGAGAAGCCCGUCACUGGUCCUGGACACAAAACGGAACAUGGACUGACUCCAAAGAAAAAAAUCCAGAUGAGUUCAAAACCUUCAGUUCAGCCCAAGCCUUUGUUACUUCCAGCAGCACCCAAGACUCCAGCAAAUGCCAGUGUCCCAGCAAAGACCAUCAUCAUUCAGACACUGCCAACCCUGAUGCCACUGGCAAAGCAGCAGUCGAUUAUCAGUAUACAGCCUGCACCCACCAAAGGUCAGACUGUUUUGCUCUCUCAGCCUACUGUGGUUCAACUUCAGACCCCUGGAGUUCUGCCCUCUGCUCAGCCAGUACUUGCUGUCACUGGAGGAGCCACACAGCUACCUAACCAUGUGGUGAAUGUGGUGCCAGCCCCGGUGGUGAACAGCCCGGUGAACGGAAAACUGUGUGUGACUAAACCUGUUCUACAAAGCAGCACCAGAAGCACAGGUUCAGAUAUUGCCGUACUGAGGAGACAGCAGCGUAUGAUCAAGAACCGAGAAUCUGCUUGUCAGUCACGCAAGAAGAAGAAAGAGUAUAUGCUAGGCCUGGAGGCCAGGUUGAAGGCCGCCCUCUCCGAGAAUGAGCAGCUGAAGAAGGAGAAUGGGUCCCUGAAGCGACAGCUGGACCAGGUGGUGUCAGAGAACCAGAGGCUCAAAGUCCCAAGUCCAAAGCGCAGAGCUGUCUGUGUGAUGAUAGUAUUAGCAUUUAUCAUGCUAAACUAUGGGCCCAUGAGCAUGCUGGAGCAAGAUUCCAGGAGAGUGAAACCUAGUGUGAGCCCUGCCAAUCAAAGGAGGCAUCUUUUAGAGUUUUCAGCAAAAGAAGUUAAAGACACGUCAGAUGGUGACAACCAGAAAAACAGUUACAGAUAUGAUCAUUCUGUGUCCAAUGACAAAGCCUUAAUGGUGCUAAGUGAAGAACCAUUACUUUAUAUCCCUCCACCUCCAUGUCAGCCCCUCAUUAACACGACAGAGUCUCUCAGGUUGAACCAUGAACUUCGAGGCUGGGUUCAUAGACAUGAAGUGGAAAGGACCAAAUCGAGAAGAAUGACAAAUAGCCAGCAGAAAACCCGCAUUCUCCAGGGUGCCCUGGAACAGGGCUCGAAUUCUCAGCUGAUGGCUGUCCAGUACACAGAAACCACUAGCAUCAGUAGGAAUUCUGGGAGUGAGCUGCAGGUGUAUUACGCUUCGCCUGGAAGUUACCAAGGCUUCUUUGACGCCAUCCGCAGGAGGGGAGAUACAUUUUACGUCGUAUCAUUUCGAAGGGAUCACCUGCUAUUACCAGCUACCACCCAUAACAAGACCACAAGACCGAAGAUGUCCAUUGUGUUACCAGCAAUAAACAUAAAUGAUAACGUGAUCAAUGGGCAGGAUUAUGAAGUAAUGAUGCAGAUUGACUGUCAGGUCAUGGACACCAGGAUCCUCCACAUCAAAAGCUCCUCGGUUCCCCCGUAUCUCCGAGAUCAUCAGAGAAACCAAACCAGCACCUUCUUCGGUUCCCCUCCCACAGCCACAGAGACGACCCACGUGGUCAGCACCCUCCCUGAGUCGGUACAGUAGUGCCCUGAGCUGCACUGGGAAGCAGAGAG